ACGUCUGCGAAAGCCCGCGCAUGAGCGACGAAAAGUCGCGGACGAUUGUGAGGACGCCUUCAACCCCUUUACCUUAUACAGGGGGCCAAAGCGCAAGCCUCGAAUCGAUCUUCCACCCCCUCGUUUCCCCCGCCGCCUUCGGGCGUCCGCGAGGAACAACCCCCGGCCGACGACUCUGUUGUCGACCCAACAACAGUUCAAAACCGCCCGAGACCCACGGCAAACAUGGCGUUGGAUUUCGCAGCGACGUACAAGGUCCUGGUGCUGGGCGACUCGAACGUCGGCAAGACCUGCAUCGUGCAUCGCUAUUGCGACGAACGGUACUACGACACUUACAUCUCGACGAUAGGUAUUGAUUUCAAACAGAAGAUCAUUAAUUUAGACGGAACGCCGAUUAAAUUGCAAAUCUGGGAUACCGCCGGCCAAGAAAGAUUUCGAACUUUAACAACGGCAUACUAUCGUGGUGCCAUGGGUAUCCUUUUGAUGUAUGACGUCACUAGUCUGGAGAGUUUCAACCAUCUGUCGUAUUGGCUGCGAAAUAUCCAAGAAAAUGCGUCACCGGACGUAGUAAAAGUUUUGGCGGCGAACAAAUGCGACGCGACCGCGCAUCGCGCCGUGGACGCCGAGAGGGGUCAGAAGAUCGCCGAGAACUUUGAUAUGCCCUUCUUCGAGGUGUCGUGCAAGGAGAACAUCAACAUCGAGGAGGCUUUUCUCACUCUGGCUAGAAGAAUACGGGAACAGCGGGGCCGCCGGGCGAGCCUGUUCGAGGCUUCCGAGAGAGAAGGCGCGGACAGUAUAAUUAAGGCGCAGUCACCGUCUCAGCAAGGUGACGCCUGGAGAUGCAGCUGUUAGUUCGGUGGACGAUCGCGGCUGGUCUCAUCCGGCCGGUUGCAAGUUUCGACGGCUAGCCAAGAAUUAAAUCCCGGGAACACAAAGGAUUUCAUCUGUUCAUCGUGCGCACGAGGGGGGAGGGGGAGGAAUAUCGCUCAUCUCUAUACCUGUACAUAUACGCAACGCGAGUCGCGAGUCGGUCGUCGUCGGGCGGAAUUCGACCUUGGACGACGCGAGAGGUGUUUGUACACCCGGCGAGUGGGUGACCCGGGCAAGUAUUCACAACGUACCACCAAAACAUCAUCCGCAAUAAUCGCAACGGAUAUUAUAGGUAUUAUCUCGUGAAACCCUGCACCCUAUUACACGCGCGAGAGCCCGCGGGUGACGACACGACGGCGUAACGCCGAAGUAGCGCGAGAAAAAUGAGAUCCGCCGCGAUCCUGCAGGAUCGCCGUCGUGAUGAACGCCGUAGGAAACAUUUGUCGCCCGUGCGACAGGCACGAGCUUUCGCUCCGGAUAAUCCGAAAACACACACACGUACACGCACAUUACGGUUAGGCCCGAGCUAUACAUUCGAGACUAUCGCAAAGUUUAUCUAUGAUACGCGUAUAAUGAUUACACGUCGUAGAUGUCUAUUUAUAGCGGCGCGAGUUAGUCACGUUUCGCGUGUAAAUGUAGAGAGAUUCGACGGAAAUCUCUCUCUAUGCCACGAGGUAAUCGGAAUGCCUGAACGCAUCAUCGAGAGAGAGAGAGACGCGUCGACAAUUCUGAUCUGAUUAAUCGGACAGGCCGGUUUCAUGAACAUCUCGGUUAAUUCUUCCGAGUGAACCGAGUGACUUUUGCUCCGCGCGAGUAGUUUGACGUAAAUCCAUCGAGUUAUUAUAGCGGAUCAGCCGGGAGAGAAAAGACUAUUAGCUGAGAGUCACGAGACACGGGAGUUUCGACAAGAUUUUCUCGAAUGGCUCGCGAGACGUGUGUAUCUGUCUACGAACAAUUAUUCGGAAAAGUCUCGCCGAUAUUAGACUUUCGCGAAUCGAACUUUCGCAUUCAUUGGGUAUCAUAAGCAGUUUAAGAACGUUCAAUUAGAUUCGCUUGGUAUGAGGCCUAACUAAAAAGGAAAACAUCCUCUCGAUGCUAUUAAGGCGACACACUUUCGCAACGGUCGACGUAUUUACUAUUCUAGUAUGUCUAUGCGAGGAAAGACAUCAUCAAGCGCAUUGUGAUUACCGUCUAAAAAAAAAAACGAUAUUACUAUAUAAGACUUGCGAUUACUACCGAUGUCUCUCAACGAGGACCAGGGCUGCUCCCUCAGGGGAGGAGCUUGCGCGAUUACGUCGGGAUCAUUUGAUGCACAGAUGCCAAAGUUUGCGUAAAUGUUUCUUUGAUGUCGGGUAUUCGAAGCGAACAACCAAACUACGAGGAAUAGACUUCGUUUUAAUGUCGAGAUGUGAAUAAUUUUUAUUUUUUUACAAACACGUGAUUUCCGAAGUUAAAGGAGUUUAACAAAUUAAACGUAGAUAACAAAAAUUCAAAAUAUCUCGAUCUAAUUUUAAAGUUACGCAAAUAUUUCGUGCUGAAAAUAGCAAACUUAAGAGAGACGACUGUUUAAUAUUCAAGGAAACAUUCUGGAAUAUCCUAAAAAGUUUCGUUCAACUAAAUAUAUACCAAAGAAACCGCGAUUUAUUGCACUGCUGCACGCCAGGCUUUCUUUAAAAGAAAUAACAUGGACAUCGAUGUUGAAUAAAACUUUCCUUCUGCCUUGAGAAAACGGUGUAGCGUAAGACUAGCGAAUGCCGUUCAGGUCCAAGAAAGGACCGCCGACAUUCAUGUGUUCAUAAUAAAAAAUGAUGUUCUCAGAGCCUGAAGUGAAGUUUCUCGAAACGAGGCUGAAUCGAUAUACUGGACGAGCACUUGACAUCUGUAUAUCAAACCUUUCAUAUCGAUGCACACCCGUGAUAAUCCACGCUUAAUUAAUGCGCUUUGAUAAUCGUGAUGGAACUUUUUCGAUGAUUCGCGUUAUGUUCGACGAACGGCGGCGUUUCGCGAUAAACGCAAUAUACAUUCUACCACAGAAUGUUGCAGCACCAAUUUUGUUUAGCAUUUAAAGAAAUGGAGCACUUAAUAGUCGUACGAAAAAAAAGAGGACAAUAGCGUCCUUGCAUUUUUCACGAGCCAUAUUUGCGGCCAGAGGAUGAUUUAUAAAAGCCGCGAGAGAGAGAAAUUAUGUUAUAGCUGCCAUGUAACACAAUACUGCAAUACGUGCACGUUUUAACGCGUAGCGUAAAUCAUUCGAUUAAACUUAAAUGAUGCAGAUUUAAUCUCUCUAAUUUUUACAUGUCGAGAGAGAAACGAACAUAUAAAAUCGAGGUUCUCGUUUCUUUUUUAGAAAUUCUUCCAAUCGAUACGUUUGUUUGUCGGGAAAAUUUAUUGAUUAUGUCAUAGUAAAUGGGAUUGGAAAAUAAAUCAAAGGAUAAGAAUCUAAAAUACAUCGUUGGCCAUAAGUAUAAAGCACUUCCACAAACAUUCUAUAUAUAACGAAAAAUAAAUUUAAAAAACAGUUUUAUUGAACAAUGAUAUUUAUUUUUAUAAAAAUUAUAAUAUUCUGAAUUCUGCUUUAACUUUUAUUACUGCCUUUUCCAAGAAAAUGCAAUAAAUUAAAGAUGCUUUAUACUUACGGCUGUACCUAAUAAUUGAGAAUAUACAUAUACAAUAUAAACCAUACAAUAACGUAUAACUGUUUCAACCGCAAGAAGAUUUGUUAUAAAAAUUUAUUCUUUAGGUUUGAUUGAACUUUCUCCAGUCCUAUUCACAUGUCGUUUUCACAUUACAAGAAAUACUUUUCUUAUAUUAUUCAGAAAAUAUUAUUUGUAUUUAUUGCAUCGAGAUUCAUGCCACAAUUAACCGAACAUAGAAUCGUUAUCGGCCUUUUGAUAAAAUCACUUUCACCAUACGUACUUCUCAUUUACGCUGGCAGAAACGUAAAAGCCUUUAUUGUGCCUAUCAGUGAUUAUAAGAAAGAAAAUAAAGACAAAGGGGAAGGUAGAUAAGAAAUACGUUGCACGAGAUAUCGUAACGGAUCGCUUUAUGAUCGAUCAAAGGGAAACUAGUGGGAAGAUAAUGCGAUCAGAUGCCCGAUUGAAGCUACGAUUAAAAUCUCGAUUUAUUAGUCGCCCCGAGGUGGAUAUUGUAUCUUCUGGGAUUACACGAGGGAGAAUCGAUAAGAUACUUGCGGUAUAUUGUAUUGUUUUCUCAUUCAUAAGUAUAAUAUAUCUCAUAAAAAUCGAGUCUCUCGUCUCUUCUGGCGAAUCGCGAACGAUCGUUCACCCCUAUACGAUCUCCGGUUUGUAUACACAAUAACGAAUUCACGAUUCCGCUUCAGGCUGCAUUCACAGGCGCAGUUCGGAACUGCAUUGCGAACGGCAAUCUUGUGAGUCCCGCGAUCCUCUCCUGGGCGGUGCGAUGGUAUUGAGGGCGCGUUCGCGAGAAAAUAACCUUUGCGAGAGUCCGCGGUUCGCGCUUUUUCGCACGCUUGCAGCACGCGCGAUCGCGGGCUUGCAUCGCGCGACGCGGCCCGAUGUUCCAAAGAGCGCAUGCACUCUCGAGACGAGAAGCGCACUAUAUCCGUCGCGCGAUCGAUCGACAUUGUAGCGACGAAAUGAGAUCAACUUCGCGAAUCGCGCCACGUUAACGGAAUAGCGAUCGUCACGGCACACACGGUUUGUUUUCUCAGCCGCAAUCCUAUAAACGUAAUUAGUUUUUACGGCAUAGGCUUUGUACCAUUUGUGCGAGACUAUAUUAUAUAUAUACAUAUAUGUAUUAUACAUAUAUAUAUACACACACGAAUAACAAUGAUAUAUAUUUGUUGCUUUUAUAUAUUUAUAAAUCGCGACGUAUUUGUAUAAAAACGUGGAAAAUUCAAUUAUUUCGUUCGCUAAGCAACCUACAUGUGCCCUUUAAUUAGCAAUCAGGAUUUCCCAAACUUGAAAUGCGGACGUGGGCUGAAUUUUUUCGAUGCAUAUUUUUUCAAGAUUAAAAAUGAUGCAGAAAACAACGAAAUGUAUUUCCGCCCAGUUAAAUGAGAUUUCGUUUAAAUCGCUUUUAAAUGACUGCAAUCGCGGUUAUCCGAAAAUUAAUGUGGCAAGAAAAAUUUAACGAUUUCUUUUAAAUUCAAUUAUAGAAAUUUGGACGAACCGAAUGUCUGUAUUGUUGUCCGAGGACCAGUGUAUAUAUAUCUCAAAAGUUUGGGAAACCUUGGAUUAACGGAGAUUAGAUGCGAUUAGGAAAGCCAGGAUGUGCUCUAUUCUCGUCGACUCUUCUUUAAAUGCGCGCGUGAUUUGUCAAGAUUAUACAUUCGUUAAUUUUCGUUUUGCGGAUUGUUUAUAGCGAGAAAAAGCAUCCGUAGAACUUGAUAUUAUCCUUUUAAAAAAAUGAAUUUCUCUAGCCAAGAAAAGACGGCGCGAAAAGUCGAGAGGCGCAAUAGAAACGCUUCUUGCGUAAAUUCAUCAUAAAUACGUAAAAUCAGCAUUCGAAUGUAGAAUUUUUAUUUGAGAUUGCGGGUGCUUGUUUCCUCGCGAGAGAUGUGGAGAAAAUAAUUUAAAAAAAAGAAAAACAAAAAGAGGAGUCAAUUUGUAAGAAACGACGUCGCCCACGUGGACGGUAGAGUCGCUUGUAUGAAUUUCUUUUGAGGGACGCUGGCUCGUUCGCCUUCAUCGAAGUGCUUUGAUUUCUCGUCCGAAGCUGGUCUUCGGCUGAAGAGAAGAGGGUUUUCUCUGAAGAGAAGAAUCUUUUUACGUGACUUACAAUUAGUUGAGCCUGCCACGUAUAUAUAAUGCGCGCGCGCGUGCAGCGCCGUAACUAGCGUUUCCUUUUCGCGUAUCGCGAAUCCGAUACGAACGGCGUCUUAUCAAUCGUCCCGUCAACUCUGUCCUCGAAACUUCACGAAAAAAAUAUGGGUGACGGAAUAUCGGGAUCACACGUAUUCGCGCCGGAAUCAUUCACUCUUCGUACUCGCACGGGUCUUUAAAUUGUAUUCUUAGAUCUGUAGAGAUCCCCGAUUUUGUAAAAUCUCUACAAAUUUAUAGAAUUUGGCGUGUUCUACAGUUUUGUCUCUCUAGAUUGUACAAAAUCGAAUAUCUAUUAGUUUCACUUUAUAUUCUAGUUACGGCUCUGCGAAUUCCUAGCUCUCGAUUUUCUCAACAACUUUUGCGAUUUUCAACGAUACGAUGAAAGUUUUACGAUAGGUAGUCAGCUGUGUUUUUAUGACGAAUCUUGUUAAGAUAUAUAGAGAUAGAAUGUGGCUGAUCGGGCGAACAGUUUCGGCUGGCAAUUUUCUUUAAUUGAGACCAAACCAACUUUAAGCGUUCUUCGCAAAAAUUUGUUCCAAACUUCUCGAUGCUCAAUGAGUUAAUUAAGAGUUUGAGUUUGUUUCGCGCGAUUUGUGUAUAAUUACUUUUCACCGAUUUUGUAAAGCGAAAGAAGACUUUGCCCGAUCACCCCGGGGAGAUAAAUACGGAGAUGUUAAACGUAUGAUAUAACGAUAUAGCUUUUACAAGCGUUUCAUUUGUCAUUUUAUCACCACACCCCUCAAUAAUGGUCUCAUCAUGUUAUUACAUAAAUUUAAUUCAACCUUCGCGAUCGAUUAUCUAAAUGUAUAAGUGUAUAAGAGAAGUUUUUAAGUUUGUAGAGAAACAACUUGUUCAACUCGAUGUCUGAAUUAAUAAUAAAUAAAGAUACACACUUUUUACCUAUGA